AUGGCACGUUCUCUAGCCGCUACGUACGCUGGCCCAUCAACAGCAGGUAAAUUACACUGGCCCUUCAAUAGCACUACUUAUACUUGCCCAUCAAUAGCAGAUACUUACACAGCCCAUCACUAGCAGCUAUUUACACUGGCCCUCACUAUUAGCAACUUACACUGGGGCCCCUCAAUUAUCAGCCACUUACACUGGUCCAUUACUAGCAUCUACUUACACUGGCCCCUCACUAGCACUACUUACACUGGCCAAUCAUUUGUAGCUACUUACACUGGCCAAUCAAUAGCACUUACUUACACUGGCCCAUCAAUAUCAGCUACUUACACUGGCCCACAUACAUAAACUCAGAGCCAUGCUACUUACACUGCAUUCUACUAUUCCGCGGCCCAUCAUUAGCAAUUACUUCCAAGGGCCCUCAAUAUAUCUAAUUACACUUGCCCAUCUUAGCUGCGAACUUAUAAGGGCCAUCAAUAGUAUCUACUUACAAACUGGCCCAUUCACUAGUAGCUACUUUACACUGCCACAAUAGCAGGCUUACUUAACACUGGCCCAUCACUAGCAGCUACUUACAUUUGUCCCAUUUCAAUAGCAGCUACUUACACUGGCCAAUCAAUAGCAGCUACUUACACCUGGCCCACUCAGGUAUCAACUUUACUUACACUGGGCCCAUCCAUAGCAAUGACUUUCACUGGCCCAUCAAUAGCAGCUCUAAAACUGGCCCAUCACUAGCAGCUGUUAACACUGGCCCACCACUAGAAGCAACUUACACUGGCCCAUCAAUAGCACUUACUUACACUGGCCCAUCAAUAUCAGCUACUUACACUGGCCCAUCAAUAGCAGCUACUUACACUGGCCCAAUACUAGCAAUCACUUCCACUGGCCCAUCAUUAGCAAUUACUUCCACUGGCCCAUCAUUAGCAGCUACUUACACUGGCCCAUCAAUAGCAGCUACUUACACUGGUCUAUCAAUAUAUCUACUUACACUGGCCCAUCAUUAGCUGCUACUUAUAAUGGGCCAUCAAUAGUAUCUACUUACACUGGCCCAUCAAUAGUAGCUACUUACACUGGCCCAUCAAUAGCAGCUACUUACACUGGCCCAUCACUAGCAGCUACUUACGUUGGCCCAUCAAUAGCAGCUACUUACACUGGCAAAUCAAUAGCAGCUACUUACACUGCCCCAUCAAAAUCAGCUACUUACUCUGCCGAUCAAUAUCAGCUAAUUACACUGGCCAAUCUAUAGCAGUUUCUUACACUGGCCCAUCAAUAGCAGCUACUAACACUGGCCCAUCACUAGCAAUUACUUACACUGGCCCAUCAUUAGCAGCUACUUACACUGGCCCAUCACUAGCAAUUACUUCCACUGGCCCAUCAUUAGCAGCUACUUACACUGGCCCAUCAAUAGCAGCUACUUACACAGGUCUAUCAAUAUCUGCUACAUACACUGGCCAAUCAUUAGCUGCUACUUAUAAUGGGCCAUCAAUAGUAGCUACUUACACUGGCCCAUCAAUAGUAGCUACAUACACUGGCCCAUCAAUAGCAGCUACUAACACUGGCCCAUCACUAGCAAUUACUUACACUGGCCCAUCAUUAGCAGCUACUUUCACUGGCCCAUUACUAGUAGCUACUUACACUGGCACGUUCUCUAGCCGCUAUGUACGCUGGCCCAUCAACAGCAGGUACUUACACUGGCCCUUCAAUAGCAGCUACUUACACUUGCCCAUCACUAGCAGCUAUUUACUCUGGCCCAUAACUAUUAGCAACUUACACUGGCCCAUUUUCUAGCAGCUACUUACACUGGCCCACCAAUAGCAGCUUCUUACACUGGCCAUCACCAACAGCUACUUACAGUGGGGGAAAAAAGUAUUUAGUCAGCCACCAAUUGUCUAUGUUCUCCCACUUAAAAAGAUGAGAGAGGCCUAUAAUUUUCAUCAUAGGUACACGUCAACUAUGACAGACAAAUUGAGGAAAAUUUUUCCAGAAAAUCACAUUGUAGGAUUUUUAAUGAAUUUAUUUGCAAAUUAUGGUGGAAAAUAAGUAUUUGGUCAAUAACAAAAGUUUCUCAGUACUUUUUUAUAUACCCUUUGUUGGCAAUGACACAGGUCAAACGUUUUCUGUAAGUCUUCACAAGGUUUUCACACACUGUUGCUGGUAUUUUGGCCCAUUCCUCCAUGCAGAUCUCCUCUAGAGCAGGGAUGUUUUGGGGCUGUCACUGGGCAACACAGACUUUCAACUCCCUCCAAAUAUUUUCUAUGGGGUUGAGAUCUGGAGACUGGCUAGGCCACUCCAGGACCUUGAAAUGCUUCUUACGAAGCCACUCCUUUGUUGCCCGGGCGGUGUGUUUGGGAUCAUUGUCAUGCUGAAAGACCCAGCCACGUUUCAUCUUCAAUGCCCUUGCUGAUGGAAGGAGGUUUUCACUCAAAAUCUCACGAUACAUGGCCCCAUUCAUUCUUUCCUUUACACGGAUCAGUCGUCCUGGUCCCUUUGCAGAAAAACAGCCCCAAAGCAUGAUGUUUCCACCCCCAUGCUUCACAGUAGGUAUGGUGUUCUUUGGAUGCAACUCAGCAUUCUUUGUCCUCCAAACACGACGAGUUGAGUUUUUACCAAAAAGUUCUAUUUUGGUUUCAUCUGACCAUAUGACAUUCUCCCAAUCCCCUUCUGGAUCAUCCAAAUGCACUCUAGCAAACUUCAGACGGGCCUGGACAUGUACUGGCUUAAGCAGGGGGACACGUCUGGCACUGCAGGAUUUGAGUCCCUGGCGGCGUAGUGUGUUACUGAUGGUAGGCUUUGUUACGUUGGUCCCAGCUCUCUGCAGGUCAUUCACUAGGUCCCCCCGUGUGGUUCUGGGAUUUUUGCUCACCGUUCUUGUGAUCAUUUUGACCCCACGGGGUGAGAUCUUGCGUGGAGCCCCAGAUCGAGGGAGAUUAUCAGUGGUCUUGUAUGUCUUCCAUUUCCUAAUAAUUGCUCCCACAGUUGAUUUUUUUUCAAACCAAGCUGCUUACCUAUUGCAGAUUCAGUCUUCCCAGCCUGGUGCAGGUCUUCAAUUUUGUUUCUCAUGUCCUUUUACAGCUCUUUGGUCUUGGCCAUAGUGGAGUUUGGAGUGUGACUGUAUGAGGUUAUGGACAGGUGUCUUUUAUACUGAUAACAAGUUCAAACAGGUGCCAUUAAUACAGGUAAUGAGUGGAGGACAGAGGAGCCUCUUAAAGAAGAAGUUACAGGUCUGUGAGAGCCAGAAAUCUUGCUUGUUUGUUAUUGACCAAAUACUUAUUUUCCACCAUAAUUUGCAAAUAAAUUCAUUAAAAAUCCUACUAUGUGAUUUUCAGGAAAGAAAAUCUCAAUUUGUCUGUCAUAGUUGACGUUUACCUAUGAUGAAAAUUACAGGCCUCUCUCAUCUUUUUAAGUGGGAGAACUUGCACAAUUGGUGGCUGACUAAAUACUUUUUUCCCCCACUGUAUACUGGCCCAUCAAUAGCAGCUACUUACACUGGCCCAUCACAAGAAGCAACUUACUCUGGCCCAUCAUUAGCAGCUACUUACACUGGCCCAUCAAAAUCAGUUACUUACACUGCCCAUCAAUAUCAGCUAAUUACACUAGCCAAUCAAUAGCAGCUUCUUACACUGUCCCAUCUAUUGCAGCUACUAACACUGGCCCAUCACUAGUUGCUGUUAAUACUGGCCUAUCACUAGAAGCAACUUACACUGGCCCAUCACUAGUAGCUACUUACACUGGCCCAUUCUCUAGCAGCUACUUACAGUGGCCCAUCAAUAGCAGCUACUUACACUGGCCAAUCAAUAGCAGCUACUUACACUGGCCUAUGAAGAGCAGCUACUGACACUGGCCUUUCACUAAAGCUAUUUAUACUGAACCAUUACUAGUAGCUACUUACAUUGGCACGUUCUCUAGCCGCUACGUACGCUGGCCCGUCAACAGCAGGUACUUACACUGGCCCUUCAAUAGCAGCUACUUAUACUUGCCCAUCAAUAGCAGAUACUUACACAAGCCCAUCACUAGCAGCUAUUUACACUGGCCCAUCACUAUUAGCAAUUUACACUGGCCCAUCAAUAUCAGCCACUUACACUGGUCCAUUACUAGCAACUACUUACACUUGCCCAUCAGUAGCAGCUACUUACUCUGUCCAAUCAGUAGUAGCUAUUUACACUGGCCAAUCAAUAGCACUUACUUACACUGGCCCAUCAAUAUCAGCUACUUACACUGGCCCAUCAAUAGCAAUGACUUACACUGCCCCCUCACUAGCAGCUACUUACAUUGGCCCAUCAAUAGCAGCUACUUACACUGGCCAAUCAAUAGCAGCUACUUACACUGGCCCAUCAGUAGCAGCUACUUACACUGGCCCAUCAAUAGCAAUGACUUGCACUGGCCCAUCAAUAGCAUUUACUAAAACUGGCCCAUCACUAGCAGCUGUUAACACUGGCCCACCACUAGAAGCAACUUACACUGGCCCAUCAAUAGCACUUACUUACACUUGCCCAUCAAUAUCAGCUACUUACACUGGCCCAUCAAUAGCAGCUACUUACAACUGGCCCAAUACUAGCAAUCACUUCCACUGGCCCAUCAUUAGCAAUUACUUCCACUGGCCCAUCAUUAGCAGCUACUUACACUGGCCCAUCAAUAGCAGCUACUUACACUGGUCUAUCAAUAUCUGCUACAUACACUGGCCCAUAAUUAGCUGCUACUUAUAA